AUGAGUCUUAAAUUUAAACAGCAUGGCGCAAAAUGGGUGCCCAAGGUUAAAUUCAUCACCUAUUCCAACGGAUGCAUUUUCUCGAGGUAUCUGAACCCCGAGGAACUACUCAAGUUCGCAGAAGAGGAAGGAGCCAACGAUGAGAUCAUUAAAGAAGCGAAAAUUUGGAAGCAUCGUCUCUCGCUAUUCAUUCCGAUCGUUUUUGGAUUAUGGCACGAGUUCACCAUAAUCAAAUCAACUAAUUGGUAUUGGUCAUUCGAGAAGAAUUUUGAAUGUCUCGUCGUUCAAAGAUCGUCGAAUCAUAAUGAUGUUCUAACCCAAUUUGACGGCAACAAGAGACUAGGAGAAGCCUGCAAUGAAGGCCGUUGGGACCAUGAUAUCGAUUUUGGGGAGAAUAUUUGCAACAUCAUCGAAUGGAUCCUCAAUGAGAAUGAGCUCAACAAUGACUAUCACAUGUUCCGAAGCAAUUGUCAUUUCUUCGCCUCGCGCGUAUAUGAAGCAGUCACCAGAACAAUGCGCAAAAGACACCACUAUGAUAAACUUCCAGCAUUAAAACCCAAUUAA